AUGAAGCGUUUACGGCGCUCGCACACGCCCGGUUUGUUCGCAAUUUAUGGCCGUCAGAAGAGCGGGAACGCCACUUUGAAACCCUUAAAUGCACGUGUUUUAUUGUGUCGCUGCAGCCUGCGUGGUUACAGCAGCGGCUCAAACGACUCCCCGCGGGCCGCUCUCAUGGCGCCCUCACCGCGCUCUCUCCGCUCGCCCUCCGCCCGCCGCGCUCCUUCUUUCUCCAGGAUCAUUCUUCUCAGCAGUGCGGCCGAGAGGAGCGUGUUUAACGGUGAUGAAUCACCCUCAUAA